UACGAAAAAAUUGAAUGAUUUUUUACCCUUUUAAGAAUCAAACCAGUCAGAGACGCUUCCUUUCUCAUUCAUUAACUUGAUCCAUAUUCUCUCUCUACCCUCUCGAUUCGGGCUUCGUCUUCUUCAAUACUCUCGGGAGGCUUUUUUCAGAACAAAACAAUGGCUGGGAAGGGAGGAAAGGGGCUUUUGGCAUCAAAAACAACAGCAGCUGCUGCAGCAGCUAGUAAAGAUAAGGACAAGAAAAAGCAGCCGAUUUCCCGUUCAGCAAGGGCUGGUCUUCAGUUUCCUGUGGGGAGGAUUCACAGGCAGCUGAAGACAAGAACAUCUGCUCAUGGUCGUGUUGGUGCAACUGCUGCUGUGUAUUCUGCAGCCAUUCUUGAGUAUCUGACUGCUGAAGUGCUUGAACUUGCUGGAAAUGCAAGCAAAGAUCUGAAGGUGAAGAGAAUAACUCCAAGGCAUCUGCAACUUGCCAUAAGAGGAGAUGAAGAACUGGAUACUCUGAUUAAGGGAACCAUUGCUGGAGGUGGAGUCAUUCCUCACAUUCACAAGUCUCUCAUCAAUAAGACCACUAAAGAAUAAGAGGAGGGUUUACUACUAAAUGGGUAAUUUGGAGUUUUUUUUUCUAUCUAUCUGGCUGACAUAGUAGUGGUAGAAAAGGAUUUUAAAGUUAUGUUACCCAGAAUGAUUUUAGUUUCUUUGUUUGUGUGUUUGUGGGGAUUGAUUUCUAGAUUCUAAUGUGGUUGGUUGUCUUUGGUUCUUACUUAUUAGGAUAUGUUUCAGAUUUUCUCUAAUGGUUGAAUGAAUCACUGGAUUUGAUCUA